UGCAGCUUGUAUGUUUUUGGGCGGAACCAUUUAGGCUGAAUUGUCAUACUGGUGCUCCCCAAAGUCUGAGAUGGAGGGAAGCGUGUCAAAUGUGGAAAUCUGUAAUUUAGCUUACACUGGAAAGUUAGAAGAACUUAAAAAGUGCGUCUUGUCUGACAGCUCACUAGUGACGAAAACAGACCAGGACAGCAGGACUGCUCUGCACUGGGCUUGUUCAGCUGGACAUGUGGAUAUCGUGCAGUUUCUGUUGAAUCUCGGAGUUGAAGUGAAUCUUCAGGAUGAUGCAUGUUGGACUCCUCUUCAUAUAGCAGCAUCUGCUGGGAGAGAAGAAAUUGUCAGAUCCUUAAUAUCCAAAGGAGCUCAGUUGAACUCUGUGAACCAGAAUGGUUGUACGCCACUACACUACGCAGCAUCUAAAGAUCGAUAUGAGAUAGCCCAGAUUCUUCUGGAAAACGGUGCUGAUCCUAAUGCAACAGAUAAACUGCAAUCCACGCCUCUACACAGAGCAUCUGCCAAGGGCAACUUCAGACUCAUUCAGCUUCUUUUAAAAGAGAGCGCUUCUACCAACAUUCAGGACUCCGAAGGAAACACGCCCCUUCAUCUUGCAUGUGAUGAGGAGCGAGCAGAUGCUGCAAAACUUCUUGUGGAACAUGGUGCCAGCAUCUACAUUGAGAACAAGGAAAAGAUGACGCCUCUACAAGUGGCUAAAGGUGGCUUGGGAUCUAUGUUGAGACGGAUCGUAGAGGGCUGAUGGACCCGAGUGGAAACAGAGCAAUGCAGCUUUGAAUUAAGCUGCUGUUCAAGUAUGAUGAAUACUUGUUUGGAAGGGUGUUUGAAAGAAACGCAGUAGAAAAACUGGUUUUUGGUGGAAGCUUUUAAGGAUGUUUGCUGAAGAGAACAGCGUUGUGGUUUGCAUUCUCUUUAUGGCAGUUAAAAAGCUCAUGACUUGAUAUGUUGGUAAUUUUCCAUGCUUUUUAUCGGGUACAUGAGUUUUAGGCUGCUUACUCUUAACAUUCUGAUAAUUGUUUGUCUAGUUCAGCUAUGAAUGAAUGAUUUCAGUUAAACCUGAAGCUGAUUUUGUCAUUAGUUAGUCAAGUAAAAUGUCAUUUCUAGUUUUGUAUCCUUGUGCAAAGGUCACAACACCAUAGUGUAUUCUUCCAUCUUGAUGCUUGUUUUUUUUUGUUGUUGUUUUUUAUAUAAGGGAAAUAAACUGUAAUUGAAUACAUGUGA